AUGUCUUCAACCAACGAAAAUGAUGACUCGAAAGCCUCAUCCAGCCAUUUUAAAAAGAAGGAUGUUGUUCCUCCAAUGAUUUCAAAGAUUGAUCUUCAAAAUAAGGAAUUAAUUCGAGCCAUGGAAAAUCUUCCCUCUACUCAUCAGUUUCUUUCUAAUCUUUCAUCGUCUUCUUCGGAUCCUUCAUCAUCACUCAUCAAAAUGAUUCCUGAUUUAAUUCAAAUCACCGUAUUGUUCAUGAAUUAUUACCAAAACCAAACAAAGGGCUUUGGGAGCCACAGUUUAAUUUAG